GAGGCAGCAGAGAUCAGCCUGUAGUGGAUUCAGCGACACGCGCGCGAGUGAUGAUUGACCAGGCAGCAGUUUGGAACAAACGACAGAUUGCAGAAGAUGCCAGCAGCAGCGCAUCAAUCUAACUCGAUUACUGCUGAGUACUGAAAGAUGCUGUGGACGGUUUUACCCCCAAUGGGUUCUUAAAGUCGCUCCAAGAGAUCGACGAUUUGACUGAAGGGAUCUCCUGGUGGGAGCCAGCCAGCGGGGGCCGCCAUGUGGCCCCCUGACCUCGGACCUCCAGAUGUGCAGCUGACUCUUCCUGGGUUUGGGAGUGUGUUCGAGGAUGCCGAGGAGCUCCAGGCGCCGCUGUCCUCCGGUGGAUUCUGCCAGCCGUCCAUCCACUCGGGAGGCCUGUGCCUGCUGCCGAGGACGUCGCUGUCCUUGUCCUCGCUGGGACGAGACCUCAGCUCCCUGCUCAGCUGUAAAGCAGCUGGAUCCCACUUAGAAAAGACUGCUGAGGACUUUGCCAGCAAAGACCCCAAAAACAGCAGCCAGAGGUUCAGCUGCUACCCUCAGCCAUCCAUUCCCAUCUCCUACAUGCUCACCAGCUGCGCCACGUCUCCGUCUUUUGGCUCUCCACCGUCCUCCAUGUCCUCGUCCUCCUCAUCUUUGCUCUUCACCUCUUGUUUAUCCCUUUCCGAUGCCGACAACAAACCGUCUCAGCAGCAACAGAAGCUGCAGGACGAGUAUCGAUCCAUAAAACAAGAGCCUGCAGAUGAUUUCCUGCCGUGUAAAAGGGAACCGUUUCUAAACACCCAGCAGGGGGAGCUGUUCCAUUUAGGCCAACCCCUUCAGGGUUACGAGGGUCAGGACAACACGCCGUCGCCCCUUCAGUCCCCGAGGCUUAACGGACCCGUGGGACCGGACCUGGCGCUGGACCAGCAGGAGCAGCCGUGUCAUUGGAUCGACUGCAGCGCCGCCUACAGCAGCCAGGAGGAGCUGGUGAGGCACAUCGAGAAGGUGCACAUCGACCAGAGGAAAGGGGAGGAGUUUGCGUGUUUCUGGGCCGGCUGUGUGCGACGCCACAAACCCUUCAACGCUCGCUACAAGCUGCUCAUCCACAUGAGGGUCCACUCUGGAGAAAAACCCAACAAAUGCAUGUUUGAGGGCUGUUCUAAGGCGUUCUCCCGUUUGGAGAACCUGAAGAUCCACCUGAGGAGCCAUACAGGAGAGAAACCGUACAUCUGCCAGCAUCCCGGCUGCCUCAAGGCCUUCAGCAACUCCAGCGACCGAGCGAAACACCAGCGAACGCACGUGGACACGAAGCCGUACGCCUGUCAGAUCCCCGGAUGCACCAAGAGAUACACCGAUCCCAGCUCGCUAAGGAAGCACGUCAAAGCUCACUCAGCCAAAGGCCUUCAGGACAGAGAGGUCAAGGUUCAAGUCCCUCCGCUGCUGGAAUCGGACAUUUUGAGCGAUUGUCUGGCGAGGCAGCAUCUCCACAGCUCGGCCUCGUCGCACCAAGAAAACAGCUCACCUCUACCGGCCUUAGAUGACUUCACAGGUGUGUACUCAAACAGCAGCGCCGCCCACAACAGAGGGAACUCAGAGUUUCUGCCUCCAUCAGCAGACGGCUGCUCCAGGUAUCCAGGCCUGGAGGGAAACUUUGAUGCCAACAGCCCAAUAUCUUCACUAACGAGCCCGGGGAGCAUGACAGAUGGGAACAGACCGGCGUCCUUGUUCGUGUCCGCUGACGUCAGCACAGUAAACUCGUCCUCCGACAGAGUCGACGUCCGGCUGCAGGGCUACCAGAAGACCUACAGCCACCAGCAGCAAGUGUUCUCGCAGCAGCAAGGCUGCCUGUAUGGAGAAGGCAAGGUGGUCCAACCAGUCAGCGAUGGAGGUUUUGAACCUUCCAGUUACUUCACAAAUCCGUCCACCUCUCACUCAACAGGGUUCGACUUGCUGCAGGACCUGCAGGGCCAGGCGGGCGGCGGAUACAACAUGUCGACAGACGACAGCUUCCUCUUCCAGGCAGGAGGCGUCGACCGCUGCCUCAAUCAGAUCUACUCCAUCUACCUGGACUCAUGAUGGAAACCCAAAUAUAAAAUCACUUCCAAAAAGUAAAAACAAAAACAGGAAGAAAUGCAGCAUAAAUGACGUGUGACGCCCAACAGUCACGCCAAUAGUAUGCUGAAUGUAUCAGCGUUGUUCCUCUUCGUGGGAGAUGUGAACAGAAUGUCAGUGUUCAUGGUACAAACUAAAAUGCAAAAAUUACUCCAGUCUGAAAAACUGGAGGCAAAACUACACGACCAAAAUAGGAAAUCUGGUGAAAUCACAGCUGUAAAUAGCAGUGACUUUUGUUUUCAGAGAUGACCACAGCAUUCGUGAUCUGGAUAAAAUGAGCUGCACCAUUUAUUUUUUCUCAAUCAAUGAGGAUAUUUCUGCCUCCACAACCAGCUUGGACUCCAGGAAAUAUUAAAAUGCAGUGGUUCCCAACUGAAGGUCAAUACAUAAAUAUGCAGAAGCAGAUCAGCCAAUCAGAAAUUAUACAAAUUUAAUCUUGACUUAUGUUUUCUUUGUGUGAAAUGCAUUUUUUUUUGUACCUUUUGCGGUCCAAUUCAAAAGGAGAAAAUCUGUGAAGACGAGAGGAAAAUAACUCAGACCUGCGUACGUUGCCACAGAUGAGGCAUGUGGCUUCAUUUUUAAGCCUCACAAGCCAAAAAGGUCAGGAGCUAUUCUGCUAUAAUGCAUUUAGCAGUCAAAACACACAGUCAGUGUGUGUUUAGCAGCAGCCAAAUUACCUUGUAACUAAAGUGCACUAAAAGUGUCAUUGAGCAACUUCCAGCUGCGUGUUGCUGGAGAAGAAACUGCAGCAGUAAAGUGAAGCAGCGCCGCCCUCUAGUGUCCGAAUGACAGAAAUAUUCUAUAAACACAAACAGUGGGUCGGUGUGGAUGGAACUGACAAAACAAAAACACAAAAACUGCACUAAAGUAUAUGUUACUCCCACCGAUCAAGACAUCAGUAUAGUCUUUUCUUUAAUCUUCUCUCUCGCUGCUUUGUCACGCCGCCUUUAUUUGUUGUACAGUUUCCAUCAGUGUUGUGUUCAGUGAGAGGGACGUGUGCAUCGUUUACAAGAACUUCCCUGCACUCUUUUCUGUCUUUUAAUGACCAACCAGAAAAUGUUUACACUGAUUUUGUAGCAACCCAAAGAUUUCUCGUUAUUGUCUUUGAACAGUGUAUAGACUGUAAAAAUGCAUCUGUCUUUUAUAUCUAAAUAAAGCGAAACCUGUUUGUA